GGCGCAACAUUGACCACCUUUGCUGGUGCUACUCCUCCUCCUUAGACGUACUGGUUCUUGAUACCGUACACCCCCUCCUCUUCAACACAACCCCCCAAAAGGAUCAGCCAAGAUGACGACCGUGGCUGGACUCCAGCGCAUCGCGCCCGUGCCGACGUCGUCGGACUUCAUCGAUGUCGUCCUCAACGCGACCAUGAGGAAGACGCCGACCGUCAUUCACAAGAACUUCAAGAUCUCGCGUAUCCGCAACUUCUACAUGCGCAAGGUCAAGUUCACCCAGGACACCUUUGACGAGAAGCUCGGCCGUAUCCUGUCCGAGUUCCCCAUCCUCGACAACCUCCACCCCUUCCUGUCGAGCUUGCUCAACGUUCUGUACGACAAGAACCACUACAAGCUCGCUUUGGGCCAGAUCGCGACUGCCCGUCACCUCAUCUCCCAGGUCGCCAAGGACUAUGUUCGUCUCCUCAAGUUUGGUGACUCGCUCUACCGCUGCAAGCAGCUCAAGAAGGCUGCUCUCGGUCGUAUGGCUACCAUCAUGCGCCGCCAGAAGGACCCUCUUGCCUACCUCGAGCAGGUCCGCCAGCACAUUGGCCGUCUCCCCGCUAUUGACCCCAACACCCGUACCCUCCUCAUCUGUGGUUACCCCAACGUCGGCAAGUCGUCGUUUGUCAACAAGGUCACCCGUGCCGAUGUCGACGUUCAGCCCUACGCCUUCACCACCAAGUCGCUCUUCGUCGGUCACAUGGACUACAAGUACCUCAGGUGGCAGGUUAUCGACACCCCUGGUGUCCUCGACCACCCUCUCGAGGAGAUGAACACCAUCGAGAUGCAGUCGAUCACUGCCCUCGCCCACCUGCGCUCUGCCGUCCUCUACUUCAUGGACCUCUCGGAGCAGUGUGGCUACACUAUUGAGGCUCAGUGCAAGCUCUUCCACUCGAUCAAGCCCCUGUUCGCCAACAAGCCCGUUGUCCUCGUCAUCAACAAGAUUGACAUUGUCCGUCUUUCCGACCUGACGCCCGCGAACCGUGCCUUUGUCGACACUAUCCUCGCCGACAAGACGGUCACCGUUGUCGAGUCGUCGACCUACACCGAGGAGGGUGUCAUGGACGUCCGCAACAAGUCGUGCGAGCUGCUGCUUGCUCACCGUGUCGAGCAGAAGCUCCGUGGCAACCGCAUCGAGGCCGUUGCCAACAAGAUCCACGUUGCCGUUCCCCAGAAGCGUGACGACGUUGAGCGUGCCCCCUUCAUCCCCGACGCUGUCAAGACCCGCGUCAAGUACGACCCCGAGGACCCCGAGCGCCGCAAGCUCGAGAAGGAGGUGGAGCAGGAGAUGUCGAGCAACCCCUGGAUGGGCAUCUACACCCAGGACCUCAAGCGCGACUACCAGCUCGCCGACGACUCGUGGAAGUACGACAUCAUGCCCGAGUUCCUCAACGGCAAGAACGUCGCCGACUUUAUCGACCCCGAUAUCGCCGAGAAGCUCGAGGCUCUGGAGCGCGAGGAGGAGAGGCUCGAGGCCGAGGGCUUCUACGCUUCGGACGACGAGGAGAUUCUCGACUCGGAGGAGGAGGAGUUCCUGGACGCCGCCGCUCAGAUCAAGAAGCGCAAGGCCGAGAUCAAGCUCGCCAGCCAGGCCAAGAACAAGCUGCAGAACAAGCCCGUCAUCCCCCGCAAGAAGAAGCACGUCACAUUGACCGAGUUCACCAACGGCAUGCGCAAGGUCGGACACGACCCGAUCGUGCUCGAGAAGCGUGCUGCCCGUCUCGUCGAGGCCAAGAAGGCUGCCUGGGAGGCUGCCGAGGCCGAGCGCGAGGCGGCUGGCGGCGACGGCGACGAUGUGUCGAUGGGCGGCGACGACGACGUGGACAUGGACGAGGCGCCCAAGCGUGGUGGCCGCGCCGCUGCCAAGACCAGGAAUGCCCUUCCUCCUGGUAUCACGAGCAAGGAGCAGCUCGACAAGGCCCACAGGCUACGCUUCUUUGCCCAGCGUGAACCUGCUCGUCUCGCCAAGGCGUCCGAGUCUGACCGUCACGUUCCCAUCACCCGGCCGAAGUGGAUGUUGGCGGGUAAGCGUAAGGCGGGUAAGACUCAGCGCCGAUAAGCGUUUGUGUGCAGGCGAGACGAGCUACUGCGGGACAAGGUAUCUUUUGCCUGCAGAGCAUCACUCUUGGGAGUAUUGCAAAAGGCCUUGGGCGAGAGAGCGAGCCCUGGCUGUGGUUUCUGGGGAUUGGCGUGUAUGUACUUUAUACCCUACAUGGAGACUUUGCAUCGAG